UAUAUAUAGCAGUUCCGCCAGUAUAUUCAAUCAUUUUAGCUGAGGCUUUGUUCUGAACGUCUGAUCCCAUCUCAUCGAGCACUCACUGCUACAACAAUGGGCGAAAAUAAGGUGACUAUAAUGAUUCUGAAGGUAGACCUUCAGUGUGAAAAAUGCUACAGGAAGGUCAAGAAAGUCCUCUGUAAAUUCCCUCAAAUACGAGACCAGAUGUACGACGAGAAGAACAACCAGGUGAUUAUCAAAGUGGUCUGCUGCUGUCCUGAAAAGAUCAGGGACAAGCUAUGCUGCAAAGGAGGUGUCGCCAUUACGAGCAUCGAGAUCAAAGAGCCCCAGAAGCCCAAGCCUCCUUCUCCGGCUCCGAAACCUGCUCCGGCUCCGGCUCCGAAACCUGCUCCGACUCCGGCUCCGAAACCUGCUCCCGCUCCUGCUCCGAAACCAGCUCCGGCGCCGGUACCUGCUUGCCCUCUGCGGCCGGUGAACCCGUGUUGUAUGGAUUGUUACGGAGGGCGUCAUGGUGGUCCCUGCGAAACUGGGUAUGGUGCUCCGGCUCCGGCGCCGGUUCCUGCUUGCCGUCCGCGGCCGUUGAACCCGUGUUGUAUGGAUUGUUACGAAGGGCGUCCUGGUGGUCCCUGCGAAACUGGGUACGGUUACAGUGGGCCUGCCCCUUACACACAGUACGAUGGCUACUACGGAAGGCCGGUCUAUGAUAGUUACGGCGGUGGGAGGAGUUACUGCGUGACCCGCCCCCAUUGUUUCAGUGAAGAAAAUCCCCAAGUAUGCGCCAUUAUGUAAAAGCAUACGUACGUACCUAGCUACCUGUAUACGUACUGUGCCUUUUGCUGCCUUUGUGGGAAAGUUUCCAGCUCGGUGGUCCUUCAUUUUGAGAGUGCAUGUUAAAGUUGUACUCUGUUGUUGUUUUAUAUAUAGAACGAAAGUAAAGAAUAAAGUAUGGUUGGUGACGGUAGUGGACAAGUCGCGAUCAGAUUAUCCAGCCAUCCAUUAUAGAAGUUUCCAAAAUGAAGUUGUUACAAUUUUUAUUCGAAUAUUAAUGAAAUAGA